GGUCGCUCGCGCGGGUGUUUAACCACGUGUGGUGUAACUUAGGGCAUCAUGCUGUGAAGACAUGGGGGCUGCGGUGGCUCGCGCAGUCAGGAAUUUCAACCUAGAGAAUCGGGCGGAACGGGAAAUCAGCAGAAUGAAGCCUUCCCCCGCUCCCAGGCACCCCUCCACCAAAAACCUCCUGCGAGAGCAGAUGAGCAGCCAUCCAGAAAUUAAGAGAGAAAUUGAUAGGAAAGAUGACAAACUGCUGUCAUUACUAAAAGAUGUGUAUGUUGAUUCCCAAGAUCCCGUGUCUUCUUUGCAGGGAAAGGAUGCCGCAACACGUCAGAAGCCUAAGGAGUUCAGGUUGGCGAAAGACCAUCAAUUUGACAUGAUGAACGUUAAGAACAUUCCCAAAGGCAAAAUUUCCAUUGUAGAGGCAUUGACACUUCUCAAUAAUCAUAAACUUUAUCCAGACACAUGGACUGCUAAGAAAAUAGCUGAAGAAUACCAUCUAGAACAGCAAGAUGUAAAUUCCCUUCUCAAAUAUUUUGUGACUUUUGAAGUCAAGAUCUUCCCCCCUGAAGGCAAGAAAGCAAUAGAAUCAAAAUGAAGAGAAUCUUGACAGGACUUUUCCUGUCCUCAUCCCCAUGUCUUGUAUAUUUUCUUCAUUUGUAGCAUGUUAAAUUAUAUAAAUUACCAAUUGUGUUGAGCAAUUCUCUCCUUGUGAGAGCUUGCUAUUUAUGAACUCUUGAAUUUUCAGGAUGGCUGAUAGGAUUGACUUUUUCUCUCUUUUAAAGUUUGGUUUAGUUUGUGUUCUUAUGUAAUAUCAGCAUGACUAAU